GCGGUAAACAUGUUUUGAGAAAACGAGCUCUCGCCGAACGAACGAAGUCGAACACACUGAGUCGCGCCAAGUGCCAAGUUCAAAAUAAAUAGCCACUUACCAAUUUACCAAUUUACCAAUUACCAAUUGAAAUUGAAAAUCAAAAAGAAAACAAAAGUGUUAAAUCGCAAAACGCAAAGCCAGCUCACACCAGGAUUACAGGGCAAUAGGGCUGCGGAAAAGCGAUCGAAAAAUGAAAACCAGAAAGUGACCGAGUUGUGCUCAAACACCGCAACCCACAACAACAACAACCCACGGCUAACGCAGCUGACCAAAAAAAAAAAAAGAUACGAAUAUCGUUGUUAAGUUAACCAAGCCAACACCACCCAGCAAACCAACCAAAAUGCCACUUACAACUCACAUUGUUGCCCUCGCCUGUUGCCUGUUGCUUUCGCUGCUCGUGGCCCAGGCGCAUGCGCAGCAGCAGCAGUGCAACUGGCAGUACGGCCUCUCCACCAUGGACAUCCGGUGCAGCGUGCGCGCCUUGGAGGCCACUUCCGGAUCCCCGCUGGACCUGCAGGUGGCUGAGACGGCCGGCCGUCUGGAGCUGCAGUGCAGCCAGGAGCUGCUGCACGCCAGCGAACUGUCCUCGGGACUCUUCCGCCAGCUGCAGAAGCUCUCGGAGCUGCGCAUCGAUGCCUGCAAGCUGCAGCGCGUACCGCCCAACGCCUUCGAGGGCCUCAUGUCCCUCAAGCGCCUCUCUUUGGAGUCGCACAAUGCGGUCUGGGGUCCGGGCAAGACCCUCGAGCUGCAUGGGCAGUCGUUCCAGGGCCUGAAGGAGCUGUCGGAGCUCCAUUUGGGCGACAACAACAUCAGGCAGCUGCCCGAGGGCGUCUGGUGCUCCAUGCCCAGCCUGCAGGUGCUCAAUCUCACCCAGAACCGGAUACGCUCGGCCGAGUUCCUUGGCUUCUCCGAGAAACUCUGUGCGGGAUCGGCUUUGAGUAAUGCCAAUGGAGCCGUCAGUGGUGGCUCCGAGCUCCAGACUUUGGAUGUCUCGUUCAAUGAGCUGCGUUCCCUGCCCGAUGCCUGGGGUGCUUCGCGUCUGAGGCGCCUCCAGACCCUCAGUCUGCAGCACAACAACAUCAGCAGCCUGGCGCCCAAUGCCUUGGCUGGUUUGGGUUCCCUGCGCGUCCUGAACAUCUCGUUUAACCAUUUGGAAUCCCUGCCCUCGGAGGCCUUUGCCGGCAACAAGGAGCUGAGGGAACUGCAUCUGCAGGGCAACGAUCUGUACGAUCUGCCCAAGGGACUGCUGCAUCGUUUGGAGCAGCUUUUGGUGCUCGAUCUGAGUGGCAAUCAGCUGACCAGCCACCACGUGGACAACAGCACCUUCGCCGGCCUGAUCCGCCUGAUUGUGCUGAAUCUGUCGAACAAUGCCCUCACCCGCAUCGGAGCCAAGACCUUCAAGGAGCUGUACUUCCUGCAGAUCCUCGAUAUGCGCAACAACUCCAUUGGUCACAUUGAGGAAGGUGCCUUCCUGCCACUGUACAACCUGCACACCCUCAAUCUCGCCGAGAACCGCCUGCACACCCUGGACAACCGCAUCUUCAAUGGACUGUAUGUGCUGACCAAGCUGACGCUGAACAACAACCUCGUCAGCAUUGUGGAGUCGCAGGCCUUCCGCAACUGCUCCGACCUCAAGGAACUGGACUUGAGCUCCAACCAGCUGACCGAGGUGCCCGAGGCUGUGCAGGAUCUGAGCAUGCUGAAGACCCUGGAUCUUGGCGAGAACCAGAUCUCGGACUUCAAGAACAACACCUUCCACAAUCUCAACCAGCUGACGGGUUUGAGGCUGAUCGACAACCGCAUCGGCAACAUCACCGUGGGCAUGUUCCAGGAUCUGCCCAGGUUGAGUGUCUUGAAUCUGGCCAAGAACCGCAUCCAGAGCAUUGAGCGCGGAGCCUUCGACAAGAACACCGAGAUCGAGGCGAUCCGCCUGGACAAGAACUUCCUCACCGACAUCAAUGGCAUCUUUGCCACCCUGGCCUCUCUGCUGUGGUUGAAUCUCUCCGAGAAUCACCUGGUGUGGUUCGACUACGCCUUCAUUCCCUCCAACCUCAAGUGGCUGGAUAUCCAUGGCAACUACAUUGAGGCUUUGGGCAACUACUACAAGCUGCAGGAGGAGAUCCGAGUGACCACUUUGGAUGCCUCGCACAAUCGCAUCACCGAGAUUGGAGCCAUGUCGGUGCCCAACUCCAUUGAGCUGCUGUUCAUCAACAACAACAUUAUUGGUCAGAUCCAGGCCAACACCUUUGUGGACAAGACGCGACUGGCCCGCGUGGAUCUGUAUGCCAAUGUGCUGUCCAAGAUCUCCCUGAAUGCGCUGCGAGUGGCUCCAGUUUCGGCGGAGAAACCCGUGCCCGAGUUCUAUCUGGGCGGCAAUCCCUUCGAGUGCGACUGCUCCAUGGAGUGGCUGCAGCGGAUCAACAACCUGACCACCCGCCAGCACCCCCAUGUGGUGGACCUGGGCAACAUCGAGUGCCUGAUGCCGCACAGCCGCAGUGCUCCACUGCGUCCGCUGGCCACGCUGGCCGCCUCCGACUUUGUCUGCAAGUACGAGAGCCACUGCCCGCCCACGUGCCACUGCUGCGAGUACGAGCAGUGCGACUGCGAGGUGAUCUGCCCGGGCAACUGCAGCUGCUUCCAUGACGCCACCUGGGCCACCAACAUUGUGGACUGUGGCCGCCAGGAUCUGGCCUCUUUGCCCAGCCGCAUUCCCCUGGACGUCAGUGAUCUGUAUUUGGAUGGCAACAACAUGCCCGAGCUGGAGGUGGGACACCUGACCAAUCGUCGCAAUCUGCGAGCCCUCUACCUGAAUGCCUCCAAUCUGAUGACCCUGCAGAAUGGCAGUCUGGCCCAAUUGGCCAAUCUGCGAGUGCUCCACCUGGAGAACAACAAGCUCACCACACUGGAGGGCUCAGAGUUCCGUUCACUGGGACUUCUCCGGGAACUGUAUCUGCACAACAACAUGCUGACCCACAUCUCGAACGCCACCUUCGAACCACUGGUCUCCCUGGAAGUGCUCCGCCUGGACAACAACCGCCUGAGCUCGCUGCCCAAUCUGCAGUACCGCCACAGCCUGCAGGGACUGACGCUGGGCAGGAAUGCCUGGUCGUGUCGCUGCCAGCAGCUGAGGGAACUGGCCCAGUUCGUCUCCGACAAUGCGAUGGUGGUGCGGGAUGCCCAUGACAUCUACUGCCUGGAUGCGGGCAUCAAGCGGGAGCUGGAACUGAUGGGCAACCUGGCCAACGGACCCGAUUGCUCCGAUCUGCUGGACGCCAGUGCCAGCAACAUUAGCUCCUCGCAGGAUCUGGCCGGUGGCUACCGACUGCCCCUGCUGGCCGCCGUCCUGGUGCUGAUCUUCCUGGUCGUCGUCCUCAUCAUCGUCUUCGUCUUCCGCGAGAGCGUUCGCAUGUGGCUGUUCGCCCACUAUGGGGUCAGGGUGUGUGAGCCCCGCUUCGAGGAUGCCGGCAAGCUGUACGACGCCAUCAUUCUGCACUCGGAGAAGGACUACGAGUUUGUGUGCCGCAACAUUGCCGCCGAACUGGAGCACGGUCGUCCGCCCUUCAGGCUGUGCAUCCAGCAGCGUGACCUGCCCCCGCAGGCCUCGCACCUGCAGCUGGUGGAGGGAGCCCGCGCCUCCAGGAAGAUCAUCCUGGUGCUGACGCGCAACCUCCUGGCCACCGAGUGGAACCGCAUUGAGUUCCGCAACGCCUUCCAUGAGUCGCUGAGGGGCCUGGCCCAGAAACUGGUGAUCAUUGAGGAGACGAGCGUGUCCAGCGAGGCCGAGGAUGUGGCCGAACUGUCGCCCUACCUGAAGUCCGUGCCCUCGAACCGCUUGCUCACCUGCGACCGGUACUUCUGGGAGAAGCUGCGCUACGCCAUCCCCAUUGAGCUCUCGCCCCGCGGCAACAACUACACCCUGGACCACCACGAGCGCUUCAAGCAGCCCGUCUCGCCGGGCAUGAUCUUCCGCCAGGCGCCACCACCGCCGGCCUACUACUGCACCGAGGACAUGGAGGCCAACUACAGCUCCGCCACCACGGCCACGCCCUCGCCGCGACCCACGCGCCCUGGAGGGGCCGCCCGCAUCGUGGACUCCAUGCCCAUGCCCAUGCGCCCGCCAUCGGAGCACAUCUACCACAGCAUCGAGUCGGAGUACAGUGCGUACGAUCAGCACGAGGCGCUCUCCAUGAUUCCCACGGGCCUGAUGCACCAGCAGCAGCAGCAGCAGUUGCGCCUCCACCAGCAGCAGCAGCAGCAGCGGUUGCUGCAGCCGCAGUUCCGGGCCAUGCCGCAGCAGGCGAUGCCGGUGGCCUCGGCACCGGUGCACCUGCGCAGUGGCAGCGGUCUGAGCCAGGCCAGCACCAGCACCCAGUCGACGGCCCAGGCCUCCACAUCCGCAGCAGCGGCGCAGCAGCAGCAGCAGCAACAGCAGCAGCAGCAACAGGCAGCUGGCGGCAGUGAGGCGGCCAAUAAGAACGGCCAGGCCUUCCUGGUCUAAAGCUACCCCCAGUGGCCAUCUACAGGGGUCCUUCGGCGCAGGAGCGGCCAUCUUGAAGCUGAUCGCUCACUGGCGCACAAGGACUCGCGGAAGAGGAAGCAGAAACAGGAUCCACACACCACCACCACCACCACCACCACACACACACAUCCAAAACAAAAAGACUUUUUCGUAGGCAUUUCGUGGAGACCCCAUAUAUUUAUAUGUAUUUUUUUUGAGAAGCAUUUCGCCUUUGGAUGUUGUGGUUGUUGACGUUCCGUAGUUGUGUAGCACUGCCAAAAAAAAACGAGAAAAACUGAAUACAGAACACGCACAAGACACGCCCACAACACAUUCAUAUACGAGCAUAUAGGCAUACAUUAUAUAAUUACCAUAAACGUAAACAAACAAUUACUAGAAAUGUUUUUCAGAAACACUUUCAAAUUCAAUGUGAUAUAUUAAUUAACUAUAAUUAAAGCGGCACACUAGACUACGGCCCUAACUGUAAUGCGUAGACCUAUGUAGUAGUUCUAGCCAGGCGUACAGAACGUAAACCUAAUGCAAAACUAAACUAUUGUUAACUACAACUAAAAGUAAACACACAUUCGUUCGUGUUCGUCGAUUCAUUCAUCCUAAGCUACACGAAACAAUAACUAAUUGAAUAUUUGAUAAACUUACUUGUAUAUAGAACAAUCGCAAGGGCAACCACAUUUAGAGCACUUACUGUAUUUAUGUAUCGUACUGUAUAGAGAUGGCGGAGCUAAAUUAAUUGAAUUAAAUUUACUUAAUGACGAAAUGUAUUAUUAAACUAAUUAUUACAAUUACAUAAAAGCGAGCAGAAGAGUAUAUCUGCGGAAAUAAAAUGCAAAACAUUACAAAAAUAUUGACAAAAAUUAAA